GCUGCCAUUGCCCGGCUCCCUGUCACUCAGCCCGCGCAGGGCCCCCGAUUGGCGGCCUAGCCCCGUUACGCACUCGCCUCGCGUUCACAUACUCGGGGAGGGCAGUAGAAAGGUGAUCAAUCUUCAUCAGGCUACAUUUCCAAUCACCUAAACAACCGAGCAAGACAAGCCACUCCGACAAGGUUGGCUGCCCGGCGGGUCCCUGUGAGCGCGCGAGGUAGAUGGUGAGCGGCCCCGGCGGGUGAGGGCAGGCCGGGCCCCCAGACGCAACAGAGCUUGAGGAUUGCAAGGUAGGAGCCCUGCACUGCUCCUGGCCUCAGGCCUCCUGGAUCCGUCGGGGCGCCUCCACCCGGCUGUUAGCAUGAUGUCUUACCUCAAACAACCCCCAUACGGAAUGAACGGGCUGGGCCUGGCCGGGCCCGCCAUGGAUCUCCUGCAUCCCUCCGUGGGCUACCCGGCCACUCCGCGGAAGCAGCGGCGGGAGCGCACCACCUUCACGCGUUCACAGCUGGACGUGCUCGAGGCGCUCUUCGCCAAGACUCGCUACCCUGACAUCUUCAUGCGUGAGGAGGUGGCGCUCAAGAUCAAUCUGCCGGAGUCCAGGGUCCAGGUCUGGUUCAAGAACCGCCGCGCCAAAUGCCGCCAGCAGCAGCAGAGUGGGAGCGGAACCAAGAGCCGCCCAGUCAAGAAGAAGUCGUCUCCAGUGCGGGAGAGCUCUGGCUCCGAAAGCAGCGGGCAGUUCACGCCGCCGGCUGUGUCCAGCUCCGCCUCGUCCUCUAGCUCAGCCUCCAGCGUCUCCGCCAACCCCGCGGCUGCCGGCCUGGGCGGGAACCCGGCCGUGGCCGUCGCCUCCUCGCUUAGUACGCCGGCUGCCUCAUCCAUUUGGAGCCCAGCCUCCAUCUCUCCCGGCUCUGCGCCCGCGUCCGUGUCGGUGCCCGAGCCACUGGCCGCGCCCAGCAACGCCUCGUGUAUGCAGCGCUCGGUAGCUGCAGGCGCCGCCACGGCAGCAGCCUCCUAUCCCAUGUCCUACGGCCAGGGCGGCAGCUACGGCCAGGGCUACCCCGCGCCCUCCUCCUCCUACUUUGGCGGCGUGGACUGCAGCUCAUACCUAGCGCCCAUGCACUCGCAUCACCACCCACACCAGCUCAGUCCCAUGGCACCCUCCUCCAUGGCGGGUCAUCAUCACCACCACCCGCACGCUCACCACCCUUUGAGCCAGUCAUCAGGCCACCACCACCACCACCACCACCACCACCACCAAGGCUACGGUGGCUCCGGGCUUGCCUUCAACUCUGCCGACUGCUUGGAUUACAAGGAGCCUGGUGCAGCGGCUGCAUCCUCUGCCUGGAAACUCAACUUCAAUUCCCCCGACUGUCUGGACUAUAAGGACCAAGCCUCAUGGCGGUUCCAGGUCUUGUGAGCCCAGGAGUGAGAAGAAGAAAAGAAACGCAACUACCUGCGCCCUCCGUGGUCCCCAUCCUAUUGCUGCUGCUGCACCACCCGCCUUGCCUCGGCUUCCCCCAAACUGAAUUUUCACCCCUCCCUCAAAGAUACCCGUUCCCCGCAUUGCCACCCCUAUCUGUGCCAUUUGCUUGGGGGGGGGAGGGGUGUGCGCGCAAGCCCUUCUACCCCUUAGAUUGGGGGGGGGGGACCGGUGCUUUGGCUUGGCCCGUUCGUUCUAAUAUGGGAGAGCUGUGUGCACUCUCUUUCAACCCCCACGAAAUUCCUAACUCCCCCUUCCCGUCUUUCUGGGCAGCUGUUAUGCACUUGCAGCCUUCGGAGGCCCUUUGCUCUGACCCGCUGUUUGAACCCAACACUUUUAUUUAUUCUUUCUGGACACUGGAGGCACUGCUGGCGUGUUUCUGCCCAUUCGAGUGCACCCACACACUACUCCAAGUCAAAACAACCACUAAGUGUUUCUCCCGCACAGACUGCCGCCCCUUUAGCCGCCCUCGAUUCUCCUCCCCUCCUGCCGGCCAGAGCUCUCCGGGACUUCCUCCUCCCCAGCGGGGUGCGCGGGGACCGGGUCCUCGUCGGAGCGCCCGCGCCUAGAGCCACGUCCCACCCCGCCCUGCGCUGGACUGGUUCGAGCUUCCGCUUCGGCGGGAAUGCUGUACAUAGUCGGUCCGUUCCAGGGACCACUUAACUUUUUAGUUGCUGUUGGUCGAACUGAGCAUAUUUCGUCUUAGCGCCCAGAAGACAGAACUUUUAAGAUAUAUACAGUACAUAUAUAUAUAUACACAUAUAUAUAUAAAACAAAAGCAAAAAAUAUUUUCCCUCUCUCUCCCCCUGCCUCUUUUCCUCAAACGACGACGCUUUUUCUUUCUCGGUUGUACAAGGCUGUCCUGCCCUCUUCGCAUCUUCUGCCUCUGUGUAUUUAUUAAAGAGAACCAAUUGGUUCCAGGAAGGUGGACACAGAGGAUCAGGAGUGUGGCGGAAACAGCAAGGUCAGGGUAUAAGGGUGGGGGCGAGGCUGGGCGGCGGCGCAGCACUGAGCCCCUCACCCGGUCUAAGCACAGGGUCGUAGUUCCAGUUUAGAGACUAAAAACGGAAAACCCAAAAAAGAAAGAAAAAAGGCAAAAAUACAGCGUUAUGGAAAAACAAAAGCAGGCCCCACGCCCCAGUCGCGGUUCCUCUGUCGGUUUCUCUCUCAGCACCCCCGUUUGUCCAGUGAGUUUUUAGUGCACUUCAUCCUCCAAACCUGCGCACAGCGCGCGCGCCUGUGUAUCACUUUUGGUUCGGGCCGCUUCGUCCAGUAGGUGGGAAAGUAAUUUGUAAAUUUGAUUUGUCCGAUGUGAAGAUCACAAAUUGUUGAAAUGUAAGGCAGCCCCCUCCCCCUUAUCUACAUUACUUCCCGAAAAUAAAUGCAAAUUAAUGUA